CUCCAUGUGUUGAGGAAUGCUGUUUGGUUUGUUGUUAGUGGGUGGGACAUACAGGUUCCAACAGUAUCAUACUGCAAGUCCAACUUAUUUCCUCGGUAGUGUGUUUCACGGCAAUCACCUCAGGUGUUUAGGUUAAGAUUUUGGGUGUUUUCUGGUACCUUUAAUAUGAGCUACUAUUAUGGUAGGUUACUGGGAGCCAUUCUUGGUGCAGUUAUUCCCAUCAUCAUCAUCUGUGUGUGUGUUGUCGUCUGCUGCAUCGCUCCAUGUUGCUUGUGCUACAAGAAGUGUCGAAAACGCAACCAAAGACAGAUUGUGGUAACAAACACUGUAGUCAGCAUGCCCCAACCUCCGUACUCACCAAAUGGAUAUCAAGGACCUCCCCCGAGCUAUCAGGCAGUGCCGGGACAGGAGAGCCUGCCGCUGCCCACUGCCCCGCCACCACCAUAUACGGAGAGCGCUUCUCCAUCAUACCCUCCAAUUCCCUUCGCGCCAGGGCAGCCAGUGUACCCUCUGACUCCUCCCAAGCAGCCUUACUCGCCUGCAGAUGAAUGUGUACAGUCACCCUACAACCCCUCAUAUUAUGGACCACAAUACUAAGCUGAAAGCUGUUUACUCAAUCAAACUGUAUAUUUCAAAGGGCCUCGUGUCUAAAGCGUGUCUCUGCACAAAAUACAUGCAGUGGAGUGUUUAACGCACAACUUGGGAUGUACAAAAAUGAACGACGCAUGGAAUCUUUGACUUGUAAAACUGUGUGCUAGCUACGCAAACUUUUACUUUCGACAAUAACAAAAUGAGUACAAAAUAAUAUAAUCAUAUUUAGCCCCAAAGAAUAACGUUACACAUUUGAAAAGAGUCAGGUGAAAACUGCAAAUAUUCCUCUGUCUUUGUCGUGUGUAGAUGUAAAUGCGCACAGUCAUCCCUAAGCUGUUCCAAGCAUGCAGUAUGGGCAGGGAGGAGCCAGGAAAGUCUGAGUGGGGUGCCCAGAAUGGAUGCCCUUUUUAGGGUGCCGUACAUGUCUCACUAGAAAGUACAGGCUGAUUUAAGGCAACUAAAAUAAACACCUCAGCAAUAUUUGGAGCGCAGGCAUUGGUGAAAAAGAUAAACUUAUUUAUGGUUUAUCCAGCUUGUUUUAUAUUUUUUCUGCAGAUAAAGUGAUACGACUCCCACAAUCUCGGGCAUACUGUCUUACAUCUUACCCUUCAUAGUCAAGCGUACCAAUUGCUUACAUUUUUCGUGACAAAGUCCUACAUAUCCCACACUUUCUGUCAGUGGGACGAAGCGGUGGAAUGGAUAGUAGCAUGUUUGAUGAGCUGAUUGAGGGCCAGGAGCCGUUUCUUCUCCAGCAGGCACUCACCACACACUUGUCAGCCUGCUUGGAGCAGCUAGUGCAUCAAGCGCUCUGUGACAUGUAAAACAGUUUGAUGUCCCGCCCAGCAGUUUAUAGUUUGACACAGUGUGCGCAGUCGUAAAAAUUGAGGUCUGCACGGAGUCCGUCUUGAGUCCGGGCGGGUGCCUGCAGACCAAUGUCUGGACUAAAUGAUAAUGGCCAACCAACCGGACAUUGUGAUCAUUGAUAAGCAGCAGAGGACAGCCAUUGUGAUCGAUGUGGCCAUCCUGAGUGAUCAGGAAAAAGGUGCACGAGAAACUGGAGAAAUACCAAGGGCUCAGGGAAGAACUAGAAUGAGCCUGGAAGGUGAAGACAACAGUAGUGGCUCAUCUACCUGGAGAAACAUCAGACAUCUCAGUCCAGAAGUGCGCAACCUUAGGAGCAGCUAAUAUCCUAUAUAUAUAUAUAUAUAUAUAUAUAUGUAUAUAUGUAUAUAUGUAUAUAUCUAUAUAUGUAUAUAUGUAUAUAUCUAUAUAUAUAAACAGCAUCUCAAAUAAUCAUCUUAAAUAAGCUAACUUAGUUUUCUAGCUUGUGUGCCACAAAAGAUGCAUUCUGCGAUUGUUGGGGUUUGCAGCAAAACGAUUAAACCAAAUCAUUCAAGUCUAGAGUCUUUGCUCGUCUAGACUCCACUUAAAACACUCAGAUUGCUCAGCUUUAGAGUGGAAAAGCUGUGUUCAUGGAAGCCAUGCUCACAGUAGGCAUUGGAAUGGCAAUUUUGCACAACUGGGCGGGUCAAGACACAUGUGAAUGUACGCAAUACUUCCCGUACAUCCGGAUUUAUCUAGGGAAUCUCUGCGGUGACAUGUCUAGGCAUGGUUUUAUACAUCUGAUGGUUUUUGUGUGCUGCAAAUUUCUAAAUUUCUCCCCACUGUCAACUUUUAGUACUAAAGCUGCACUCUGUUAAUGCAUGAGGCCCCUGGUUGAAGCAUUCUGUGAGAAUUUGUGAAACAUGUGGACUAUGUUAGGACACUAUCCUGGAAAUCUCACUUUAGGGUGAGUUUAAAUUAGAACUGAUGUGCCUCUGGAGAAAUUUUCAAUGUUUAUCAUUAAGUUUGAGUCUAGCAUUUUCCUGUAUGUAGCAGAUCUUUCUUUUCUUUUUUUCUUUUCCAGAUUACAAUAUCUCUUUCCAUUGGAUGUAAAAACAAGUUGACAAUAAAAACUACCGUAGACACUAACCUAAACUCAGCCUCAUCGAGUGCCCAGCCUAGCAGAGGGCGUCUCUGACUCUAUUUUUUUUUUUUUUUUUUUUUAAACUCAGUAACAGUUUUGUUCACUUUAAUAAUGCAUUGCAUGGUGCUCAGUUAGGUUGGGAUCACAUGAUGUACAUAUUUGGUAGUAUUAUUCCUGUUUGGCGGAUGAAUAUAUGUAUAAACUCUGCAGAGGCUCAUCAGUAAACUCCUAUUUUGAAAAAAAAUAAAAUAAAAUUUUUCCAGUG